AUGCAUAAUACUGGGAAGAGAUACUCGGAAACUGCUAAAAAAGUGGCAGCGGGAAGAGCAAGAAAACGUAGGCAAGCUUACGAAAAGGACCAGUUGGAGAAACAACAACUAGAAGUUCAAGAGGCUCAGAAGUGGGAAGAAGGUGCGAGAACCCCCAACCAGAAGAAGCUAAUUAUGGAACAAAAAAAGACAGAGAAGUUGAGAGCCAAAAAGGAAAGAGAUCAAUUGUUAGCCGCCGAGGAGGAGGUUCUAGGUAAAGGUGGCAAGGGAAAAGGGUACUAA